CACAUUUCCCUUCGGGACUUCCUUCCAAGGCUGACCAGGCCGGAUAUUUGAAUCCUCUCGAUCCACUGCUUACUGAAUAUUUGACGUGUCCACCCCACGUUUUUCGUCUUUCUGUCAAGACACACUUGGGACGAGAGACAGAGAAGCAAUCAUGGCCGCUGCUGCACCUUCCUCAUGGACUGAUUUCCCCCGGGCAGUCGCCCCCGUGGUAGUUUCGCUUGUUCUCGAGGUGCUGGCUAUUCUUGCUGUGGGGCUGCGUUUCUACUCACACCGACUGAAGCGAGUGAGCACCGCGGCUCAUGAUUUCGCUAUUCUGGUCGCCUUGAUCUUUUCAACCGGUCUAGUGAUCUGUCUCAUUCUAGCCACCGUCUUGGGAGGUCUCGGUCAACAUAUCACUGAACUGUCUAAUCCGACGGUGCAGUUAGUCAGGUUUGCCAAGAUCUACCUUGCCAUCUCGCCCAUCUGGGGAGUUGCCAUCAGUGGAGUCAAGAUCUCGAUCCUCCUACUCUACAUCAGCAUCUUCCGGCGCAAGACCUUCAUCCGAUGCUGUUAUGCCAUGAUCGCCUUGCAGGUGAUCUGGUGCAUUGGCGUGAUCCUCGCCUCAUUGCUUCUCUGCCAGCCGAUUCAGCUGAACUGGGAUGCCACGGCAAAGGGCCACUGUGGCAGCAAGGAAGGCGCCUACUUGUCACUGCACAUCACCAAUCUGAUCUUCGAUGUCAUGGUCGGCCUGCUACCAAUUCCAGUCCUAUGGACGCUCCAGUUGAAGUUGCGUCGGAAGAUCAGUUUAUCGUGCAUGUUCGCGCUGGGAAUCGCGAUUUGCAUCAUCACCAUCUGCCGUAUCACCCUCAUCAAUGACUUGAUGGGCACAGACUUGACCUACUCAACCACCACGCUGUGCACAUUCAUGAUCCUGGAGACCCUGCUUGGAGCGAUCCUUGCAUGUCUUCCUACGUUGCGACCGGCAAUGGAGAAGUUUUCGACCCUGGCCACUUCCUCUAGCAGCGUGCGCCGACUGCGCGGCGGCAGCACGACGGGUAAGUCGGCUGACCACUCGAGCAUCGAACCCAAUACAACGACCGCUUCCAGCACCCGUAACUACAAGGACUUCCAGCGUCUCAAUGCCAGUAUGGACUCUACAUCGAAGCUGCACCGGACAACGGUGACGAGCGAACAUGGAGACCUACCAGCGGGGAGGACCGAUGAAGAGAAUAUCUACGUGGUCGAUACCUGGAACAUUGAAAUGGGGCGGAAACCAUCGCGUAACUGAACCAAGGCUGUGUGCUUUAGUCCGCUGCAGGCCGGCUCGGCUUACGUCCGUCACACUGAAUUGUGCCUAGAGGAGGCAGUGAUGAGG